UCGGUUGUUUGGGUUCGUUUCGUUUCGUGUUAUUUCUUCUUCAAUUCCACAACGUUAAACUUUAACUUUUUUAACUGAAAAAGUCAACUAUUAAAUCGUAAGAGAAGUGUUAUGAUUUUAAAAUUUGAUUUAAGUAAUUUAAGUUCCUAGUUCUAAUGAAGUUUAACUUAGUGCUACCUACCUACAACAAAUUGUUUUGUUACAUAGGCCUACUCGAAUUUAUACUGCUGUGUUGUGAACUAAUUUAAAAUUUAUAGACUCCAACUCUGUUUGAAUUUAUAGCCUAGGCUUUCUCCUCAAACACAAUGGAAGAUUGGACAGAAGAAACUCUAUUUAAACUCCCUGUGAAGGAACUAAAAUCGCUGGCACGUAAAAGUAAAGUAAAUCCCAAUUUCAAGAAGGCGGAGUUGGUGCAAGCUUUAUUGACUAAUGUUAAACACAUAAGUGAUGAAAGUGGAUCUAGUAGUGAUCAACAACCCAAGAGAAUGACCAGAUCUAGAGUAAGCAUGUGGCAGACUGCUGAAGAGACGGCAACAAAUGUUAAAAACAUAUCUGGAGAAGAAAAUUUGAAUUUAGACACAGCUGUAAAAGUUUCUGUUAAAGAUAAAAGGACAAAGAGAAGAAAAGUGAAAGAGGCUGAGGAUGUAGAUUCCUAUGACACUUCUGAAAUGUUCCCACUGGUAAGCACCAUUCAGUUAGCUUCUAAACCGCUGGUGGAAAUAACAAAUAAGAAUGUUGUUAGACAAGAAGUAAAACUAGAAGUUCAAACUGAUCCAACAGCUAAAAGAUCAAAGAGGUCCAGGGGACUAGAGAAAAAUGUGGAAGUAAGGUUGUCCUUUAACAACACUGAUUUGAACAAAGAAGCUCCAAAAGUAACUGUGUUGACACCAGAUAGAAUUGAUGAUCAGGAAGUUACAAAAUUAAGUAGCUCAUUUGUAGUGGAAGGAGAGAAAUCAAGUUCAAAAGAUGUUGAAAGGACAAAAAACCAUAAACCACUGGUUGAAAAGUUACAAUCGAAUGGGAAACAAAACUUAAAUAAAUCCAAACAAUUGGAUGAACAAAUCCUAACAAAUUGUAACAAUAAUAAGAUUGAAGCAAGCAGCGAAAAUGAUUUGAUCACCAAUGAGAAAAAAGGAACAAAAAAAUCAAAGCGUGGGAGAAAGAGGAAAUCACAAUCUCCUCUUGAUGAUGAUACAAAAUCUGGAAACGCUUCAAUCCAACAACAAUCUGCUGAUUCAUGCAAUCUAGAAGCAAAUUUACAGAGUCGUUGUAAAAAAAGGAGGAAAAACGUUACCAAGGAUGAUCAAGAAAGUGAAAUCGAAUCAAGUACCGGUAAUGAAACAACAAUAAAAAAUACAAAAUCUCCUAGAAAUCAAAAUCCUGAUUUGUUGAAUAAUUGUAAAAAAGACCAGGUAAUCCAGCCGGUGGAAAAUAAUAUAGUUUGUAGCACAGAAGCAAAUGCACUUAAAAAGAGUGCAAGAGGUGGAAAAAAUAAGCAACACCUACAUACCUUCAUAGAAGAAGAAAGCUCUAAAAUUCAAGAGGAAACAGAAUCAAUUGAGGUGUCAAACAAUUGUUCAAGUUCCCAGAGAAAGUCUCGGAGAAGUAAAUCUCUAUCAACCUCCCAAAAUGAAUCUGCGGUUGUGAAUAGUAACUGUAAUGGUUCUUUAGCAAGGAGGUCCUCUAUGUCAAGCAAUACUUCAAAGAAGGAUAUUUCCUUUAACAAAGACACUUCAACAAUUGAAGGUGAAACAGGUGGAGAAUCAAUACAAGGUCCGACCAGAAGCUCAACUUUUAUUCUCUCUAAUUCCGCUGAUCAAGAAACCGAUGAAAUGCCGGUACCAGCACCGUUGAGAAAUGCUACUUUUAUUUUAUCAGGUGGCAAAAGUCCACAACGCAAGUCCUUCAAGUUUUCAUCCAAACUAACUUCUGGGAAAAUGACUGCUGAGUCAAAAAAUAUUGAAAAACCAGUAAAAUCAAUUGGUCUCCGAAUAAUGCAGAACUCAACAUUGAAACAAAGAGUUGACAAAUCUUGCAAAAAACAAGGAUCUACAUUGAAGAAGACUACGCAAACUAAGAGCACACCAGGUUCAGUGUUUAAGAAACGACCAGUCAGCAAGAUGCCGGACUUUAAAAAGAUUCAUCAGCAGCUUUUCAAAAACAUGGAAUCCCUCAGUGAGAACAAGAAGCGGCAGCAAACUCGAGCUCAAGUGUUGCUGCAGUCUCCAGUGCCUAGGUGUGCUUUGCUGAGCCCGAAACAAAACAGUAGAAAUACAGACAGAAGCCCCAUGACAAGAGUGGCACCUUCGCCGCUUGCUGCAAAAUUGAGAACUCCUGUAGCCUCUUGCACGUCAACGACCGGAAAUAGACCAAUCACAGCAGUGUCACGCACACCAACCGCUUCAUCUGUGAACCGCUUCGGUUUCAGAAAGCCUGUGAAAAAAGAAGAAGCGUUGAACAUCGUUGGAAAAAAAUUGCCUGUUGUGAAUAUGGUGACAAAGAAAGAAGAGCAAAAGAAAGAAGGUCGCAAUAUGUUAAAAGGUGUACGCACGAACAAGCGUUUCAUGCUUUUAAUGCAGAUGAGGAAUAUGGGCGUAGACUCCCCAAAUUGAGUUUUUUACGAUCGAUUGCUAUAUCAAUAAAACAAAAAAAUGUCUUAACUCUAUGGGACAAUAAAUAUCUUUUUAAUAAUAUAAUAUCUUAUUCUAUGUUAGUGUGUGCUAUAGGCUAUAUUUGUGUAUAUUAUAUUUCUGAUAGUGACAAUAGAACCCACUAUUUUAUUAAAGAAUUUGU